UACAAAUGCAAAUACACCAAUACUUUAAUAAAUAUAAGCGGAUUAAACCCUCAUUAACUACAUACUAAAACUAUAUUCUUCUCUCCCUUUCAUCGUUUUAGCUCUAAAUGCAAACAAUACCUUAAUUAAAUAUAGAAUUCCAUUACUAAAUUUCGAUUCUUGACAUCACAAAUUACCGAAAACUUAACUACUCCACCAUUUUCUCUUGACUUGAAUCCCUUCAUUUUAAAAAACACACACUAACAAAGCAAAUUCAGUUAUGGAGAAGCAAAAAAGCUUCUCUGUGAAACCCAUCAAGUUCUUGGUCUCCUCCUUCACUAUCACCUUCUCAAUCAUCUUCGUCAUCUUCUGCUUCACCUGGGUUUUCACAUCCCCCGCUUCUAUUCACCUGGGCGCCCAGAAUCUCGGCGUGGACUGCUCCGAAGCAUUCACCAACGCUUCUUCGGAUAUGAUAAAUUCAAUCUCAAUGGAUGAAAGCUAUGUGGGCGGUGGCAAUUCUUCUUCUUCUUCUUCAUCUCCAGCUGCUGACGUGGCGGUGGAGAGCGAAGGUAGUUUGCUAACUGCAAAUUCUAGUAGCUCCACCCCUUUUGGUAAUAGCAAUAAUCUGUUUGUUGAUGGUGUUAAUGUUUCGGAUAGUACUAAUCCAACUGUGGAAGUUGUGAAUUUUGAUGAGAAUGUUGAAGAAUUGAGCGGUGUGGUGGUGGAGGGAGUUUCUGGUGAGAGAGAGGAUAGUUCAAAUUCUAGCUCCAUCCCUUUUGGUAAUAAUGAUAAUCUGUUUGUUGAUGGUGUUAAUGCUUCGGAUAGUACUAAUUCAACUGUGGAAGUUGUGAAUGUUGAUGGGAAAGUUGGAGAAUUGAGUGGUGUGGUGGUGGAGGGGGUUUCUAGUGAUAGAGGGGAUAGUUCAAUCAGAAGUAGUGUUGGUGAUGGGAAGAGCAAAGUUGGUUGUGAUGUUACAAGAGGGCGUUGGGUUUAUGAUGAGAGCUACCCUUUGUACACAAAUGUUACAUGCCCUUAUAUAGAUGAAGGGUUUGGGUGUGAGAGUAAUGGGAGGGUGGACAAGGGUUUCGUGAAAUGGAGGUGGCAGCCUCAUGAUUGUGACAUUCCUAGGUUCAAUGCUAGUAAUAUGCUGGAGUUGAUUAGAGGAAAGAGGUUGGUGUUUGUUGGUGACUCACUCAAUAGGAACCAGUGGGAGUCGAUGCUUUGUAUGUUGAUGGGAGGCGUGAGAGAUCCGAAGAAGGUGUAUGAGGCUCGAGGGAGGAAGAUAACUAAAGAGAGGGGGAAUUAUUGUUUCAAGUUUGAGGAUUACAAAUGCACAGUUGAGUAUUAUGUUUCGCACUAUCUAGUUCACGAGAGUAAGGCUAGAAUAGGCAAGAAGAGAGGGCAGACGUUGCGUAUUGACACUAUGGAUAAAGGGUCAUCGAGAUGGAGAGGGGCUGAUAUUCUCGUGUUCAAUACUGCACAUUGGUGGAAUCAUCAGAAAACGAAGGCCGGGAUUAACUACUACCAAGAAGGCAAUCAAGUUUAUCCCCGCCUUGAUGUCACCACAGCCUUCGAACGAGCUCUAUUAACAUGGGCAUCGUGGGCUGAUAAGAACAUCAACUCACGUAAAACGCGUGUAUUUUUCAGAAGCUCUGCUCCUGCUCAUUUCAGCGGGGGUCAGUGGGACACAGGAGGCCACUGCGGAGAAGCCCUUCGACCCCUAAACGAGAGAUUCACCUCUGUCUACCCAGAGAAGAAUCUGAUCAUGGAGGAGGUCUUGAGGAAGAUGAAGACACCUGUUACUUUUCUGAAUAUAACGCGGCUGUCAGACUACAGACCAGAUGCUCAUCCGUCUAUAUAUGGAAGAAAAACUAUAAAUCGAGGCGUCCAAGAUUGCAGCCAUUGGUGCUUGCCCGGUGUUCCAGAUAUCUGGAAUGAAUUGUUGUACUAUCAUUUGCAAUCACAAGGCAAGGCCAUAUUGUAGACUAGAAAACAGUUUUUUGUGUCUUCUAAUUCUUUAAUUUAGUGUGGUUUUCUCAGAAUUAGGAUUUAUUUAGGCUGCAAUUGUAAAGUCAUCGAUUGACUAACUCCUCAGUGUCCACAGCUUCAUUUUUCGAAUCUAA